AAACACAUUUCUAGAUUUUAUUUAUUUUUUAAAAAAUAAAACCCAUUUCUAGAAUUGUCCAAGUAAAAAACGUGUGCAAAAUAUGAAAUCGCAAAACAAAGCCAUCCACGCGCCUUUGCCAGCAAACUAAGCCUCAACUAGCAAAGAGAGAGAAACUCGGUAGCAGCGAGCGAGCAAAGAACACGCACAAAUCACGCAGUGAGUGUGAGAAAAACCGUAGAUUCCAGCUGAUCGAAGGCAGAAAUGGUGAACCACAUGUUGAUGAUAUGCGCUGAUCUCGAGAAUCUCGCCGAUAUUCAGCCUCAAGGAGGUUGUGACGAUCCUAACUUCACAUACCUUUUCAAGCUGAAAUGCGGGAAUUGUGGAGAGGUAACUCAGAAAGAGACAUGCCUCAGCUUGAACGAGACAACUCCUUCCGCGAAAGGCAAGAGCGAUGUUCAUCUUUCUCAGAAGUGCAAGUUUUGUUCGAGGGAUGGAACGAUAAAUAUGAUUACUGGCCGAGGCCGUCCUCUUACUCAGGCAGACGCUGAAACUGGGACUUAUGCACCUCUAAUGUUGUUUGACUGCCGAGGUUAUGAGCCUGUGGAUUUUGUAUUUGCUGGUGGGUGGAAGGCCGAAUCAAUUGAAGGAACCAAAUUUACUGACAUUGAUCUGUCGGGAGGGGAUUACGCUGAUUAUGACGAGAAGGGAGAAUGUCCGGUGAUGAUCUCCAACGUUCGUGCUAAAUUCGACGUGGUGAAGUAGGUCUCGAAUUUUAGCUUCUCUUACAUAAAGAAAGAGAUGUCACAGAUAAGUGCUUCUUUUCUCACUUUGAUGUAAAUCAACUCUAGCAAAACUGCUGAUCUUACCCGAAUCCAUUGUUUUUGGUGUAGCAAGGUUAUGCAUAAUUAUCUAUCUUUGAUAUAAAAAUUCAGAGACUCGGAUUAAAUUAAA